UGUAGCGAGGGGAUGAUCAGGUAUUUGAGGAGAAGCAACAAAUCCCCAGAUCCACCUCACAUCUGGCGCGCGAGAAGUAGUGGAAGCUUUCCCCUGCGUUGGUCAAACGGAGUUGGACCUUUUUUUGUCCAGGUUAUAUCGUUGUGAAUGAGGGAGGAUAAAAGUUGCCAGGGAGAGUUGUGGAUUUUCCUCUCUUUUUUUGGGAGAAUCUGGGUAAGAUUUGGCAGAAUUGUGCGUAGGUCACCUCUGACAGCGCCUCAUCCAAGCGUGCGUAAAACACCAUCAAGCUCGCUUUCAUGGGCUUGUAAUUUACUCCAACAGCUUUGAGAUGGUUCAAAAUCUGGAGUAAUCGAUCUAAAUCACGUAAAACUAUUUCGAUGAAAAUAUCUGAAGAGUCAAACCACCUGUGUUCACGACAGCGGACUGAGUUUUCAUACAGGUGGUUACUUCACACCUCACUUUGGCGCUGCCACAACCUCCGUCGCUUUUGACAUCCCAAAAUAUGCUUCAUGGGGCAUCAUACACAAGGAUUAAUAUGAGUGUGUAUGUUGCAUUAUUGGUGUAAUUGGUUGUUUUUUUGUCUAACUGGACCGCGGUUUGAAGCAGGAGAGCGAGAGUCUGCCUCUAGAUGAUAAGCUCGGUGUGCGUUUCGACUUACCGAGGGCGCAAGUCGGGCAACAAACCUCCGUCUAAAUCAUGUCUGAAGGAGGAGAUGGCCAGAGGCGAGGACUCGGACAAAAUCAUCAUUAACGUGGGCGGAACCAGGCAUGAGACCUACAAGAGCACCCUCAGGACGCUGCCGGGGACGCGCCUGGCGUGGCUGGCGGAGCCGGACCCGCAGCUCGCCGAGGCGGACACGGCGGAUCCUCCUCCGGGAAACGCCGAGUUCUUCUUCGACAGACACCCGGGCAUCUUCGCCUACGUGCUCAACUACUACCGCACCGGCAAGCUGCACUGCCCGGCCGACGUGUGCGGGCCCCUGUUCGAGGAGGAGCUCGCCUUCUGGGGGAUAGACGAGACGGACGUGGAGCCGUGCUGCUGGAUGAGCUACCGGCAGCACCGCGACGCGGAGGAGGCGCUGGAGAUCUUCGAGCCGCCCGACCCGGAGGACGCGGACGACGACGCGCCGAGGCGCUUCGGCAUCGAGGAGGGCGGCGACAGGUCGAGGGGCUGGAGAGAAGUCUGGCAGCCCAAGAUCUGGGCCUUGUUCGAUGACCCUUACACCUCCAGAGCAGCCAGGGGAGUGGCAUUGAUCUCUCUCUUCUUCAUCCUGGUGUCCAUCACCACCUUCUGCCUGGAGACCCAUGAAGCCUUUAAUGAGUUUCGUAAUUGGACGGAGCAGGUUUCCAAAGACAACGUCACAUUUGAAGUGAAGAGGAGCGAGAUUGUGACCAGCCCGGCCCUCUUCAUGGUGGAGGGCAUCUGCGUGGUCUGGUUCACGUUUGAGUUCUUGGUCCGGAUCAUCUGCUGCCCAGACAAGCUGGUCUUCGUCAAGAACACACUCAACAUUAUUGACUUUGUGGCUAUCCUGCCGUUCUACUUGGAGAUGGGCCUGAGUGGUCUGUCGUCCAAAGCUGCGAGCAGGGUGCUCAGUUUCCUCCGCGUGGUGCGGUUUGUGAGAAUCCUCCGGAUCUUCAAGCUGACACGGCACUUUGUAGGCCUGCGUGUCCUGGGUCACACGCUGAGGGCGAGCGUCAAUGAGUUCCUCCUGCUCAUCAUUUUUUUGGCAUUGGGAGUGCUCAUCUUCGCCACGAUGAUUUAUUACGCUGAGCGCAUUGGAGCCAAAUCCGAUGACCCCACAGGCUCUUCCCACACGCACUUCAAAAACAUCCCCAUCAGCUUCUGGUGGGCAGUGGUCACCAUGACGACGCUGGGUUAUGGGGACAUGUAUCCGCAAACUUGGCUGGGCAUGAUGGUGGGUGCGCUGUGCGCGCUGGCCGGUGUGCUGACCAUCGCCAUGCCGGUCCCAGUCAUCGUCAAUAACUUUGGCAUGUACUAUUCUCUGGCAAUGGCAAAGCAGAAGCUGCCGAAAAAGAAGAAGAAGCAUACCCCGAAUCCGGACGUCCCGACCGACUCGGCCUCGUUCGGGAAGUCGGAAACGAACUCGCACUUAGACAGCACUCAGAGCGACACGUGUCCGCUGGCCGCGGAGGAGAGUGGCAGCAGAAACCGCUCAGACUCCAAACAGAACGGGGAUGCAAAUGUGGCUCUUUCAGACGAGGAAGGCUGCAGCCUGACCCAGCCGCUGUCGCCCAGCGAGAAGUGGUCCCAGCGGUGCUCCCGAGGACGCGUCAAGAACAAGAAAGAGGGCACCUGCUUCCUCCUAACAUCUGGAGAUCCCAGAAUCCACAUCGAGAGCUGCAAAGACAUCCUCGGUACCACUGGAAACCACGCACAGCCGGAGGUCACCACUCUGACCUGAUGAAGACGCCCUAAAGAGGAAAGGCUGUCAUUGUUCCUGCUAUGUUUUCUUGGAUACCUGGGUUUUUUUUUCUAUUCUACUGUAGGUGACUACAAAUUUAAUUCCGUCUGUCCGUUUUGUUCCUAUAUCUAAAACUCUGUACAACACCAGUUAGAUAUGAUUUAUGUUCAAUCAGCUCACUCACAUGCUCUGAAACAUUUAGCAUGUAUUGCAUGAUCUAGCAUUUUAUGGUGCGCUAAUUUAAAUAAAAAGUUGCAUUUAUAUGCUUUUCAUUUAGUGGACAUGUAAAUGUACUUUUUUUUCUUUUUUUUCCCAUCCAGCUGGUACAAACACGUAAACACCACACAGAUGUUCAUAAACAGUCAACUCGGUUUGGAAAGUGUAAUCUUGAACUUUCAGGUGCACCGAUCCGGAUUUAGGAGCAAAUCCAUUAUUCUGUUUAUCGCUGAUCAGUGUCAAACAUAUACAGUCCUGUGAUGUCCUGGUGCGGCACACAAUCUUCAACAUUCAACAGAGACAUACAUGAGACGCCCUCUUCGGGAGGUGUUCAGUCACGUCUUGUACAGCGUCAUAUUCUCGCUCAGAUGUGCCGUCUCACCCGUCGGUCUCGCCGCUGCUCUUAAAAUCCCACCUCCUCCCCAGCUCCACCUCUCCGGAGAGAGUUCAAUUAUGUCACCUCCACUAUCGCUUCCUGUGUCAGAUCAGACCCCACACACCUGUCGUCACUUCUCUUCUUCACUGCGAGGGUCGACAACUUUUUUCAUAACAUUUUUAAUGUUUUGUUUUUUUUUACCACUUGGUUUCAGUCUUUAAAACUUGCACACCAUCACACACACUGUUGUCAAGGAGAUUAAAGCCAACGGAUAUAUUGACUAAACACCCUUGUGAACGUUGAUUUGUACAGAAAAGAAAAAGUUACUCAAGUAGACCCAGUGGACAAUUUGAAAUUUUUGUUUAAUC